GGGUUGUCGAGUGUGGUAUUAUGUGCCCUGGGGGAAUGGGGUGUAGGUUUUUUCAUAACACUUGAGGCCCCGUGCGGUGACCAUGAGCCGAGCAUCUCGCAGGGGACUGCUGGUCGUCUGUUGCCUGGCUCUGGCUCUACUGGUGCUCUAUCAGCUCAACACUGGUGGUCACUACUGCAAAACCAGUGCAGUGAUAGACACCAAGGCUGAACUACUCAAAGAGCUGCAGAUGUCCGGGGCGCCGGUGGACCGCAACAUGCCGCUGAUCUUCAUUGGCGGCGUGCCGCGCUCGGGUACCACGCUGGCGCGCGCCAUGCUGGACGCCCACCCGCUGGUGCGCUGCGGCGAAGAGACCCGCGUCAUCCCGCGCAUCCUCAGCCUGCGCUCGCACUGGAAAAAGUCGGCCAAGGAGACGUUGCGACUCUCCGAGGCCGGGCUCAACGAUGACGUGCUGGACUCGGCCAUCUCGGCCUUCAUCCUGGAGGUGGUGGUGCGACACGGCGAGCCGGCCCAGCGGCUCUGCAACAAGGACCCGUUCACCAUCAAGUCGGCCACCUACCUGCACCAGCUGUUCCCGCGCGCCAAAUUCGUCUUCAUGGUGCGGGACGGACGCGCCACUGUACACUCCAUCGUCUCAAGAAAGGUCACCAUCACGGGCUUCGACCUGACCAGCCCGCGUCAGUGUCUGCGCCGCUGGAACACCGUGGUCGACACCAUGGACCGCCAGUGCCAGGAGCUGGGGCGGCGCUGGUGCAUGCGCGUGCCGUACGAGCAGCUGGUGCUGGAGCCGCGCCGCUGGAUGGAGCGCCUGCUCCACUUCCUGGAGGUGCCCUGGAACGACACGGUGCUGCACCACGAGCGCACCAUCAACAAGCCGGGCGGCGUGUCGCUGUCGAAGGUGGAGAAGUCCUCCGACCAGGUGGUGCGUCCCGUCAACACGGACGCGCUCACCAAGUGGGUGGACGAGUUCCCGGAGGACGUCGUGCGCGACAUGGCCGAGCUGGCGCCCAUGCUGGAGGCGCUCGGCUAUGACCCGAACGCCAAUCCGCCCGACUACCGCCGGCUGCACCUGGAUGACGACGCGCAGGAGGCGGAGGGCAGCUGAUCCCGCUGCCGUCAGCUGACCCCGCC